GAUGAGUACAAGGCAGCACUACAGGUGAUCAGACUGUCAGCAUUACAGCAGACACACACAGAACGAGAUGGAUCACAGAGAGGAGGCUGAGGGUGAAACCAGAGUUUUAUAAAGUGAUCCACAAUGGCCACAAGUAAUAAAACGCACCUGUUGAAAACUCUGGAGCAGCUUGGGGAAAAGGAGCUGAAGACGUUUAAAUGGUACCUGCAGGAUAAAGUUCUGGAUGGGUUUGAUCCCAUCCCAAAGAGCAGGUUGGAGGGACCUGCCAGAACAGACACAGUGGAUAGGAUGGAGGAGACAUACACACUGGAAGGAGCUCUGAAGAUCACUGUGAAGAUCCUGAGAAAGAUGGAUCAGAAUAAUCUUGCUGAGCGGCUGAUGGGUAAGUGUUCUAUGGAAAAGUUCAAAUUCAAGAAACGCGAACAUCAAAGACUACUAAAAUCCAAGUAUGAAAAAAUAGUUGAUGGGAUGAAACAACAUGGCAAGAAAAUCUCCCUGGACAGUAUUUACACAGAGCUCUACAUCACAAAGGCUGGAGGUGGAGAGGUCAACGACCAACAUGAAGUGCGACAGAUUGAGGAAGAAUACAGGAAGAUUAGAGGGUCAGAGAAAAAAGUUGAAUUCAACGACAUCUUCAAACCAAAACAAGACAAACUCAUCAAAAGAGUUCUGACCAAGGGAAUUGCUGGCAUCGGCAAAACGUUUUCUUCACUGAAGUUCGCUCUGGACUGGGCAAAUAAAAAAGAAAACCAAGACAUUGAUUUCAUUUUCCCACUCCUUUUUCGACAGCUGAAUUUGUUGGAGAAAGAGGAGCACACCUUGAUUGGUGUAAUUCAAAAAUACUUCAAAGAAAUGGGGAAAGAGUUUCUUGAAGCCAUGUUCAGACAGAUACAAGAAAACAAGACAGAAUUGAAAGUUCUGCUUAUCUUGGAUGGUCUUGAUGAGUUCCAGAUGCCCCUUAACUACGAGAAGUAUGAGAGCUGUGAUGAUGUCACAAAGCCAAAGACCAUACAUGUGCUGCUGACAAACCUGAUCAAGAAAGAUCUGCUUCCUUCUGCUCUCCUCUGGAUAACGUCCCGACCUGUCGCAGCCAAUCAGAUCCCUGAUGGGUGUUUUGACCUGGUGACGGAGGUACGAGGGUUCAAUGAUGAUCAGAAGGAUGAGUACAUCAUGAAGAGAUGCAGUGAUGAGAGCCUGGCCAGGAGAAUCAUCUCACACAUCAAGACAACAAAGACCCUCUACAUCAUGUGCCAUAUUCCAGUCGUCGCUUCCAUUAUUGCAACAGUUUUAUUAAAGACCUAUGGAGAAAAAGAUAUGGAGAUUCCCAGGAAUCUGACUCAAGUUUACAUACACUUCCUGGUUAACCAAGUCAAAAAUAUGAAUGUGAAGUAUAACAGGAAAGCGGAGACUAAUGACACCUGGGACGAGAAAAACAUUAAGAUGAUUCAAUCACUGGGGAACCUGGCUUUCACACAACUGGAAAAUGGCAAACUGAUUUUCAGCGAGGCAGAUCUGAAGAACUGUGACAUUGAUGUUGAAGGAGCUGCAAACUGUUCUGGGAUGUGUACAGAAAUCUUUACAGAAGAUGUAUGCCAUGGUGAGAAGAAGGUGUACUGCUUUGUCCAUCUGACCAUCCAGGAGCUGUUUGCUGCUCUGCAUGUGUUUCUGUCAUUCAUUAACAACAAAGUGAAUGUAAUGGAAAAAAACAUUCUCAAGAGACGACCCAUCUUCAAACCAGCUGUCAGAUUCUACAAGAGUGCUGUGGACAAGGCCUUGCAGAGUAAGAAUGGACAACUGGACCUUUUCCUCCGCUUCCUCCUGGGCCUCUCAAUAGAGACCAACCAGACUGACUUACGAGGCCUACUGAAUCAGACAAGAAGCAACACGCAGAGCCAUGAGGAAACAGUCAAGUACAUCAAGAAGAAGAUCAGAAAGAAUCCAUCUCCAGAGAGAUGCAUGAAUCUGUUCCACUGUCUGAAUGAACUGAAUGACCAGUCUCUGGUGGAAGAGAUCCAACACUACCUGAGCUCAGGAAGUCUCUCCAGUGAGAAGAAGCUCUCAUCUACACAGUGGUCAGCUCUGGUCUUUGUGUUGCUGACUUCAGAAGAGGAGAUGGACGUGUUUGACCUGAAGAAAUACUCCAGAUCAGAGGAAGGUCUUCUGAGGCUGCUGCCAGUGGUCAAAAACUCCAAAGCUGCUCUGCUGAAUGACUGUAACCUCUCAGAACGGUGCUGUGAAGCGCUGGCCUCAGCUCUCCCCUCCUCAGAUCUGACAGAGCUGGACUUGAGUAACAACAACCUGGGGGAUUCAGGCAUGAAGCUGCUCUCUGCUGGACUGGGGAAUCCACUCUGCAAGCUGGAGACAUCCUCUUUCUACAGGCUGUCAGGCUGUCUGGUCACAGAGGAAGGCUGUGCUUCUCUGGCCUCAGCUCUGAGGUCCAACCCCUUCCACCUGAGGGAACUGGACCUGAGCUACAAUCAUCCAGGAGAAAAAGGAUUGAAGCUGCUCUCUGCUGGACUGGAGGAUCCACACUGCAGACUGGAGAAACUCAAUGUGGAUCAUGGUGGAGAGUGCUGGAUCAAACCUGGCCUUUUGAAGGCCUGGAGAUAUGCCUGUAAGCUCACACUGGACCCAAACACAGCACACAGAAAACUCUCUCUGUCUGAGGAGAACAGAAAGGUGACAUGGAGGGAAGAGGAGCAGCCGUAUCCUGAUCACCCAGAGAGAUUUGAGGACUAUCCACAGGUGCUGUGUAGAGAGGGUCUGUCUGGGCGCUGUUACUGGGAGGCAGAGAGGAGUGGAAGAUGGGUUUUUAUAGCAGUGACAUAUAAAGGAAUCAGCAGGAGAGGAUGGGGUGAUGACUGUGGGCUUGGAAACAAUAACAAGUCCUGGAGUCUGUACUGUGAUGAUAACAGUUACUCUGCCUGGCACAAUGAUAAGAGCACUGACAUACCUGCCCCCCCCUCCAGCUCCCACAGAGUAGGAGUGUAUCUGGACUGGCCGGCCGGCACUCUGUCCUUCUACACAGUCUCCUCUGACACACUGACCCACCUGCACACAUUCCACAGCACAUUCACUGAGCCCCUCUAUCCUGGGUUCAGGGUUUGGGAUGACUCCUCAGUGUCCCUGUGUCAGGUAGAAUAGCCCACACACACUCUCACACACUGUGCUCACAUACAUGUCAUUGAAGAUUGAACUGUACAGUUGGAAUUGAUAUCCCAGAGUGUUUGUAAAUAUUGCUGUGUGUAGAAUGUUUGUUUUGUUUUAACCUUUAGAUGUAAAUAUUACUGAUAUUAAAUAUUAUUAAUAUCUCUAAAUAUUA